UAAAAAAAUAUUCGAGACAGAGCGCAUAGUAGAAGAGACUCGGUGGUUCCAAGUUAAUGAGGUAAAUGCUCCCUGAAAGAAUGACAGGACUGGGGAUUUACAAACUGGACAAUGGACAAAGUUACCCUUCAAACUGUUUCCCAAUAAGAUCAUUUUUUCAUCCAAGAAACGAAGGGGCUGGACACUGGCUUGUAGCAAACAGAAAUACUUUGGAAGAGAGGACAUCAAAAAGGAAAAACAUUUCAGAUUCACGUUUUGAAGUGCACUCUGGGAAACAUGAAAAGAGACGAACAGAGAGUGCUAGCAACACUUUAGAUGCUCAACUUUUUCUUACAUUGCAUUGUGUGGAUAAGCCCUCUGACCUCUGUUCUGUUAACAUCAGUGGCCAGCAUUUGCAAACGGUCAAACUUGAGGGUUUGGAACAAUUUGAUAACACUGCAUACAUAAAUGCUUCUGAUAACCAUUUAACUUUAGAACCCUUUGCCAGGUUUCCUGCACUGAGGGAAUUGGAGCUGUCAUUGAACAGUCUCCAUGAUUUGGAAAUUCAUGCUGAAGACUUCCAGAAAUUGGAGGUGUUGGAUUUAUCCUUCAAUAACUUAACAGGAGAAAGUAUAUUAAAUGUAGGCCUGCUACCACAUCUGAAGGUGCUCCAUCUGACUGGAAACCAACUGCAGAUGCUUCCCCUCAAUAUGGCUGGACCUUGUACCUGCCCUGGAGAAAACACAGAACAAGGUGUCUCACUAUUUCAAACUCUGGAGGUAUUGAUGCUUGAUGACAACAAAUUAUCUUCUCCAGGAGUGUUUAUGAGCCUCGCUAACUUAAAGAGACUUCGUCAUCUCAACUUACAAGGAAAUUACAUCUCAGGAGUCCCAUUCUUAGAACAGAUGGCAACAUUACAAGAUGCCCAGACAGGCAUUAUGCCACAGAGCAUCGGACAGAAUGUGAACACAGUGAAUGACAAGAGGACAAAGUACUCUGAUAUCACAGUGAGCCAGCAAAAACCAGAACAAAUAUUGAAAGAGGACAAACCAUGUCUCGAAAUGCAUUCUGGUCCCUUACAAUACUAUCAUCAGAGAAAGGAGGAUGGAUGCGCUCAGGGUCUUCGUCUACCUUUUCCAGAACUUUGUCAUCUGAAUUUGGCCAACAAUGAGAUAGCUGAGGAAGAGGCAUUGUUGCCCGUGGCAUUGUUUCCAAAGCUCAGUGAGCUUGUUAUUCACUCAAACCCCUUGACAACACAGAGAAGUGGCGAUCCACCAAUGCUGACCUGUUUUCUUCAAGACAAGCUGGGUAUUAAGAUAACACGCAAAAAAACAACUAAUCUCAUUAAGCGACAUAUACUCCAUAAAAGAAAGGUGAAAACCACACUUCCAAAAUUUCCUUCGAUCACGGCAAAUCAACAUGCUACAGAAACGCUCUUCUCCAAGAAAUGUACUGGACAAGAUAAUCCUCUACCCUUAGAGUAUGGGUUAACUCAUGUAUUUGGCUUCUCGUCUCAAACAAGCAUUGACGACGAGGAAGACAUUGGCAUAGGCCAGGAGCAUUUUGACUUGACAAGUGCAGACAUAUUCUUUGAGACGAAUCAAAAUGCAGAGCCGUUCUUUGUGACAGAGAUGAAUGGCUUAAAUGAAUCUGAAUACCAAGAAGAUCCAGAUGAUUCAAAGGAAACAGAACUGGAAAAAGGCAGCAAAGCAUGUCCAGAAAAACUGAUUGGUUAUGAAAUCUUACUUGAUGACACACCUGAGCUAGAAAUGCCUGAGUUUUCUGGAAUUCAACAAGCCGUUAGUGUUUUGGAGCACAUGCUCAAGAACCUGCUUGUAUAUAGAGAUUCUAAAGCAAAUCUGGACCUUCCACAGAAGCCGUACACCGAAAGAGAGAAAAAGAUCAAAAAUUUGCCUCCUUUGGGACCAAAGAAGUCGAAGGAAGAAAAAGUUGAAGAACUUCUUGCCCAAAUAAAGGAGGUGAAAACGAUAAGCAAAGUUCCAUUAGAUAAUGUACUCGAAGGAGGGAAUAGUAUUUGUAAGAGAGAAUACGAGGAAGCACUGACGCUACUGAAGGACAUGAAAAAUAAGUACAGGACGGCUUAUCUGAAAAGAGUGGAACAGGCAGCACAGAUUGAGACUAAGAUUAUGUAUAAUCUAAACUAACAGGUGCUUUACUUUCUGAUUUUACAUGAAUGAGUUAGUCUUAGUUUGCAAUAAAACACUAUUAAGAUAUUGGAGAGA